AUUCUUUUACAGCUAGACAACAAUGUUUGAUAAUCUCCUCAGGACUGCACUUGAACACUGGGUGAUCACCCUGAUAGUGUUGGCUAUUGGCCACUUAGCAGGUAAAUACUUGUACACCCAAUACUUGAUGAACAAGCUUGGUGCCAAACCCUUCACCAACUCAUCAUAUGACGGGUUCAUGGGAUUUAAAGCCGGAGCACAAGCUUUGAAAGCCAAGAACGAAGGUAGAGCCGUUGAAUUCAACGACGCUAGAUUUAGAAACAUGCCCCAUCCAGAAGUGUUCACUUUCACUACUAAACUAUUCGGAACUGAAUUAGUUGUUACCAAGGAUCCAGAAAACAUCAAAGCUUUGUUGUCUACUCAGUUUGACGAUUUUGGACUUGGUUUAAGAUUCAAGUUUUUCGACCCCUUGUUAGGAUCAGGGAUCUUCACUUUAGACGGUGAAGGAUGGAAGCACUCUCGUGCAAUGUUAAGACCACAGUUUGCCCGUGAACAAAUCGCCCAUGUCCGUGCCUUGGAACCUCAUUUCCAAGUGUUGCAAAAGCACAUUGCCAAGAACCAAGGACAAUUCUUUGACAUUCAAGAGUUAUUUUUUAGAUUUACAGUUGACUCAGCCACUGAGUUCUUGUUUGGGGAAUCUGUUGGUAGUUUACGUGAUGAGUCUGUGGGUUACUCGCUGAAGGAAUUGGAUUUUGCUGGUAGGGCCGACUUCGCCGCCAAGUUCAACAAGGCGCAAAUGUACCUUUCCACCCGUUCGUUAUUGCAAAAGAUGUAUUGGUUAGUCAACAAUAAAAAGUUCCGGGAAUGUAUCAAAGCUGUGCAUGAAUUCAGUGAUCACUAUGUUAAGAUGGCCCUUGAUGCUUCUCCUGAAGAAAUUGAAAAACAAGUUGGUUAUGUUUUCUUGUAUGAAUUGGUUAAACAAACCAGGGAUCCAAAAGUAUUGCGUGAUCAAUCAUUGAAUAUCUUGUUAGCUGGAAGAGACACCACUGCUGGAUUAUUAUCAUUUGUAUUUUUCGAAAUGGCUAGAAAUCCAGACAUGUGGUCUAGAUUGCGUGAGGAAAUUAUUAGUCACUUUGGUGACUCUGAAGUUGAACAAAUCACAUUUGAAAACUUAAAGAAGUGUGAAUACUUGAAGGCUGUGUUGAAUGAAAGUUUGAGAAUGUAUCCUAGUGUGCCAAGAAAUGGCCGUGUUGCCAACAGAAACACCACCUUGCCUCGUGGUGGUGGCCCAGACGGUAAGUCUCCAGUAUUGGUCAGAAAGGGACAAAAUGUGGGAUACAUCAUCAAUUCUACUCAUCUUGACGAAACUUACUACGGAAAGGACGCAAAAGAAUUCCGCCCAACCAGAUGGUUUGAACCAGAAGUGAGAAAAUUAGGAUGGGCAUUCUUACCAUUCAAUGGAGGUCCACGUAUCUGUUUAGGUCAACAGUUUGCGCUUACUGAAGCCUCCUAUGUCAUUGCCCGCUUGGCACAAAAUUACAGUAAAUUGAGUUUACAACCAGGCACAGAAUAUCCUCCGAAAAAGUUGGUGCAUUUGACUAUGUGUUUACAAGAUGGUGUUCCUAUUAAGUUCGAGAAGUAGUUUAUGUAUUAGACGAUGUAAUUUAUGCAAACAAUUUAUAAAAUAUUUUUU